AUGUACACAGGCUCGGGUGACAUCACGAGGGCCCACAUCGGCGCAGAAGGGGACCUGGAGGAGGGGGCGCUAGCGACCUUGCUAAAGGUGGUGGCCGGCGUCGAGGACCUCACCCGGGCGGUCCUGCCUCGAGAGGAGCUGACGCUCUGCGCGGACCCGGGCGGGGCGGCACUGCAAGUGACCUUGCCGGAGUUCGACGCCCAGGGUCUGGUGGAGCGUCCAGGGCGCCGGAACCCCGGGAUUAUACAAAUUCCUGGGGUGGAUGAAGAGGCAGGCAGCGGGCAGCAAACCGGCGGUAGGCAGCAGGUUGGCGGCAGGGACGCCGUAGGCAACAAGCAGCAGGCUGGCCGCAGGGACGCCGCAGGCAGCAGCCAGCAGGCCGGCCGCAGGGACGCUGUAGGCAGUGGGUCGGCGGCCCAAGGGGACAAAGGGAAGUGUCCCCGGGCAUAUUUGCCUCAGCCUUCUUCCUCGUCGUCGCCGUCACCUCCGCGACCACGGCCGGCGGUGGGCGGCACGACGGAGGGUGGCCGGGGCGCCCAGUCAAGGGCGCGGGAGCCCAAGGACCAGGGCCUGGCUGGUGGUGCAACAGCUGGCGUGCGGACCAACCAGCCGUCGGAGGCGGGCUCCAAUGCUGCUCCUCAAUGGCCCGAGGGCCAGAGCCCUCCGCCGAAGAGGAGGAAAGCGGAUCCCGGAUCGACGUCGCAGGGCCUCGGCUUCAAAAUCCCCGAGUCCCGGUGGCAGUACCACGGGCCAAAGUCCAUGUAA